AUGGUCGACGAAGGAACACGGAAAACUCUCAGCAGCAUUCCAUUACUUAAAACCAAGGCUGGCCCUAGAGAUAAGGAAUUAUGGACGACUAGGCUAAAAGAAGAAUAUCAAGCCCUUAUUAAGUAUGUUCAAAAUAACAAAGAGGCGGACAAUGACUGGUUUCGCCUGGAAUCUGAUAAAACUGGAACAAAAUGGUUCGGGAAAUGCUGGUACAUUCACAACUUACUAAAGUAUGAGUUUGAUCUUGAAUUUGAUAUUCCAAUAACAUACCCUACUACAGCCCCGGAAUUAGCACUACCGGGGCUAGAUGGUAAAACUGCUAAAAUGUACAGAGGGGGUAAGAUUUGUCUUACUGACCAUUUUAAGCCAUUGUGGGCCAGGAAUGUACCACGUUUUGGGAUAGCACAUGCUAUGGCAUUGGGGCUCGGACCCUGGCUUGCUGUAGAAAUACCAGACUUAAUAGAAAAAGGAGUAGUCAAAUAUCAAGAAAAAAGUGAGGAAGCUAAGUAA